AUGCCAGGGUUUAGUCAGGGGUUCAGUGCGUUCAUAGAUAAUUACAUUCUGCUGCUUGCCGCACGUUUUCACGCGCCGCUGGACGCGGUCUCUUUCUUUGAGGGCGAUCCCGAUGAACCGUGGGAAAAGGUGGCGCGCUGCGUCAGAGACGCGCUUCUCCACCCGCAAACUGAGGACGAGAGACGGGAGGUGGCGCACGUCGACUUCAGCCUAUUCGAUGCACAAUUAUGCCGAGAGCGCGCGCUUUACUUCACGUGGCGUCUGCGUGAAGAGGCUGCCAACGAUGCGACCAAAAGUGCAGCCGCCGCGGGUGCAAGUGCCCGAAUUCAAAUUACCCAAAAGAUGAGUGGGAAACCGAAGAAUCGUGCCGCGGCUCCCUCUCAAUUUGACAUCACAAGGGACUCCCUGCGGGACGAGGUGGAACAAAUCUACACCGCCGUCCGAAAGAACCUGCCCAGUACGUUUGGCCCUCGCCCACCCGAAAAUGGUGCGGCGAACAACAGCCGCGGGAAUGAAGAUGUCGGUGAGCAGUUGGGGGAUAGCAGUACUGACGAGGACGAUGAUGAUGAUGACGAGGCUUUGGAUGCGGUCGAGUUUUCGCUUCGUAGCGAAGAGGAGAUGAAGAGAGAUGUUGCCAUUGCGGAGGCACGAGACGCGCUCUUGGGAAAAAUACAGGAGAUGCAGGCAGAGUUUUUUGCACAGCACCGACGGUGGAUCGACGUCCCCUUCGACAUCGACGUGGUACCCACACACGGGAAGGCCGUGGAUGGCGUAGUGCCGGAAUUACCACCUGGUGCCAAAGCGGCGGACCACCAGCCACUCUCCAAGUCGGCGAUGCGGGAGGCGCUGGCACCAGCAUACACCCCCGCGGUGUCAGAGAAAAAGAAGACAACUUCAACAGUAAAAGAAGAUGAGGCGGAAAGCCCUUUGAAUGCGGGAACAGCUUCACCAGCGCAUCUCCUUGAGGCGUUGAGGCGCAGCAUUCAUGUCAACCGACCGCCGCGUCCCUCACAAAUGCGAGAGGAGGACUACGAGGCGGAAUACGGAGAUGUUGCGAAUGCACCUUUUAUUAGUGAGGAAAUUCGUACAGAAACGGAAUUUGGCAUAUACCAGAAGAUAAACCGGGUGAAUGAUUCCCGAGUACCGCAAGAGAAUUCUCUUUCACGUGAUAGUUUGAAGAGGAACGUAACGUUCCAAACCACCCGGGCGAGUCGAUGGAGCAUUUUGGAGUACGACGGAGAAGCUGAUGAAGAUAGUGACGAUGCGAGUUGA